AUGCCUUCACCAAUUCCUCAGCCUCGGGGGCUUCCCCUUGUUGGAAAUCUUUUUGACAUGGAUACCAAUAAUGUUUGGGCUUCUCUCAAUAAGUUAGCCGCCGAACAUGGUAGCAAAGGUAUAUUCAAGAUCACGGUUCUCGGCAGGCAACUCGUUUUCAUUACAAGCGCGGCCCUCCUCGAGGAAGUCUGCGACGAGAGGCGCUUUCAGAAAUGCAUCACCGGAGCUAUGGUCGAGAUCCGCCAUCUUGCACACGAUAGUCUGUUCACCGCGUAUGCCACAGAGGAAAGCUGGGGUGUCGCACAUCGCAUUAUGGCCCCUUUUGUCUUACCUGAAGCUGUGAAGGAAAUGCACAACGAUAUAUCAGUUACACUGGACGACUUGAUUCAGAAAUGGACUUCGACUGACGGUACACGAAAGCACGUCGAUGUCACCAAUGACCUGGACCGACUCAACCAUGCGGCCAACGCACAAUGUUUCUUCAGCCAGCGUGUGGACUGUGUCUUAGGCGCCGAGCCCGCAGCCAUCAAAGCCAUGUCCGACACAACUUUUGAAGCCGUUCGCCGGCCCACACGCCCCAAACCUCUUACCUGGCUCUUGUACCAAAAGACAUUCGACAGGGAUAUCAAGGUUUCUCGUGACUACUGUGCCCAAAUUAUUGCCAAUCGACGCAACAAUCCAAUCGAAAGGAAUGAUCUGCUUCAUGCCAUGCUCAACGGAAAAGAUCCACAGACCGGGGAAUCCCUCCCAGACGACAGGAUUAUCGACGAGAUUAUCAACAUUUUCAUCGGCAGUGCCACUUGUCCGAAUCUAGUCAGUUUCGCUCUGUACUACCUAGCCAAGAACUCGGACACAAUGCUCCGUGCUCGAAAGGAGAUAGAUGCUCUAAUCGGUCCCACCGGCCAACUCGAGCAUUCUCAUCUCUCCCAAUUACCCUACUGCGAGGCCGUUCUCCGAGAAACAUUACGUCUCUGCGCCACGGCCCCAGGUCUCAAUAUCGAGUCAUUGCCGUCUAUUGAAGGACCCGUUCUACUCGGAGGGGGAGAGUACGAAUUGCCUAAGGGUCAAUCAGUGCUCGCGAUUUUGUCUGCUGUCAAUCGAGACCCUGCUGUCUUUGAAAACCCUAAUGCCUUCAAGCCUGAGCGCAUGCUUGGUGAGGCAUACGACCGACUUCCCAUUGGAGUAAAGAAGGGUUUCGGAAACGGCAAACGUGUUUGUUACGGCAAGAAUUAUGCUUGGGAGUGGUCACUGCACACGCUCAUCGGUAUUAUUCAGAGAGUUGAUUUUGAGUUGGCGGAUAAGGGGUAUUCGCUUGAUAUCGAGGGAAAGAAUUUCAACGGUGCUUUCAGUGUGAAGCCAUAUGGGAUGUUUGCGACGACUAAGAAGAGGGACGCCUGA